AUGAACCCAGUCAACACCAAGCCUUACCGCCUCCCGGACAAUGCCACCUGGUUGAUUACGGGAUGCUCCAGCGGCAUCGGGCGCGAGAUUGCCAAGUUCAUCUUCGAGCAACCCGGGCAGCGCCUCAUUGCGACCGCGCGAGACCCCUCGACGCUCUCGUAUCUCCCCGACCAAGGCGACAGGGUCUUCAAGACCGCGCUAGACGUCACGUCGCCCGAGUCGGUCGACAAGGCGUUCGAGGCCGCGGCCGCACACUUUGGAGACAGCUUCUACGUGGACGUGGUCGUGAACAACGCCGGGUACUCGCUGUCUGGGGACACGGAGUCGGCGACGGAGGAGCAGUCGCACCAGGAAAUCGAGACGCUCUUCUUCGGGACGGCGCGCGUUACGAUGAGGGCCGUUCGCGAGAUGCGCCAGGACAAGAACCACCGCGGCGGCGUCAUCUUCAACGUGUCGUCGCUUGCGGGCGUGUGUGCGUUCCCGGGCCAUGCGUACUAUCACGCGGGCAAGUUUGCCGUCGAGGGCUGGACAGAGAGCGUGGCGCGGGAGAUGCACCCUGACUGGAACAUCAACUUUUGCAUCGCCGAGCCCAGCGGCGUCAAGACCAACUUUGAGGGCAGCAGCAAGAAGUACAUGGCGCCGCACCCGGCGUAUGCGGGCGGGGACAUGCCUGCGCGCAAGCUUGAGACCUACGUCAGGAAGGGACUGCAGCAGGGCGCGGGGAUUGAGCCCAUCGCCAUCGCGCAGGCACUCUUCAAGGUUGCGAGCCGAGGGGAAAAGGUGCCUCUGCACCUGCCCAUGGGCCCCGUGGCGGUGCAGCUCAUCCGGAGCAAGCUCGAGGCCAGGCUCGAGGACCUCAAGGCGGAGAACGUGCUGUCUGGCUUUUCGGCUGGUGGUGCGCGCUCAUAG